AUGGAAAUUGACAAGCUCCAUAACAAUCUGAGCACUGCGCUUACAUCCUUCUCCGCCAUUUCGUCCGCCAAACUUGUUGCUCUUGACGACAGCGUUGAGAGGAGGGUGGAAAGCAUACUGACCGAAUACAUUGGCUCUGAUGAUGAUAUCAAAUUUGAUACUAUCAUGACAAAUUACAAACAUAACACGACGGAGAACAGCAGCCUUCAGAGAGACAUCACUGCCAUACAGACUGAAAUAGGUAAAACGUUUAUUUCAGGCACUGAUAUGCUUGACACUCAAAAACUUGGGGACUACGGUACAGACCAAACAUUGCGUGAUGAAUCCAUUGCUCAUCUGCAGCAGACAAUUUCCCACUUAGAAAAUCUCCCCCAACAUGUUGCCGAAGCAAAGGUGGAAGCAGUUGAAAAAAUGGAAGAGUUGAGGAAAGAAAUUCGAAUCAUUAAGAACAUGAUACGAAAUUCUGUUGAGGAAGCCAUCAAUACUGCCUCCACGCAGUUGGAUGAUGCAAUGCAGGCACUCCGUGUUACCGUCAAAGAUGCCCAUGAAGGCUGUCAAACUGCACUUCAAUCUCUCCAAACCAAAAUGUUGGAACACGCAAGAGCAUCCUUCCUAACAGUUACCAACCAAGUGCAGACUCUAUUCGCGGAUACCCAUUUCGCAGAUUUGUUAGCUCUCAAAACUCUCGUUGUAGAGCAAAUUGCAGCAAUCGAAAACAUCAUAAAGCGCGGCCUAAAAACCGGUUUAAAAGGUUUCUUAAAAGUCAUGUACGGCAAGGAUGAAACGGGUGGUCAACUCGGUGCCCUAGUUAAAGAGCUGAACGCUAAUCAAAAUGUUGAGUUAUCAUCACUAAAAUUAAGGGAUUAUCUGGACUAUAUAUUACAAUUCAUAUAUUUCCAAAUUUUAAAUCAGAGAGAUCCCCCCAAGCCCACCGUCGGUGGAGACCAUGCUGAAGACGUUAAGAAAGUCCAAGAAAAUUUAGAUGAAAUACUUGUGCAUCUUGCCAGAGAUAAGAAGCUUAAAAUAUAUAAUUACGAUAAUAAAUUCGUCUCUUUACUCUCCCACCUCUCCACCUCCCUCCACUCCCUAUCCCCCUCCGCCUUCGCCAACCCCCGGCACCCGGAGCUGCUCGAUGCGGUCAAAAAGGGGCUGCAGGGGUUUGUCGAGCAGAUGGAGCGGGUGUAUGUGAACGGGUAUGAUGAUGGAAAACCUAUUAAUUGGGAUACAUUUAAGCUUGUUAGACCAAAAAUUGACGCCAAAAAAUCUGAUGGAGAUUCUGGCUCAAACGAGGAGUUGACGGAUGACGGUAGGAGGUUGUCCAAGAUCUUCCUCACGCUUUUUAAUAUCAUUCACGAAGACAUUUCGAUGUUAAAAUAUGAAUGUGAAGAUGAGUGGAGCAACAAAAAACUUUGUGAAACUGAGGGAGGCGAGGAUAACCCGCUUGGUUCAUACCUUCGGCGUUGCGGUUAUGCAGUAGCGAAAACGGAGAACUCUAAGGACGGUGAAUCGCAAUGUAUAACUAGCAUGACCGGCAAAAAGGUUCUUGGCAAGCUCAACGAAGAAAUAAAGACUCUCAACGUUGUUGAUCAUUUUAAGACGUGCGAGUCGAAUGAAGCAGAUAAGACAACGAAGCAGAAAAAAGCUGAUAAAUUUGACAUUUUCGAUAUGCUUAAAUGCUUCCCUCAUCACAUUGACAAGUACUAUGACGUCUGUCAUAUGGCCACAUUAAAUUCAACCAGAAAGCCGUGUAGCGUGUUCGAAAUGUAG